GGCACUUCCAGUUUAGCAAGAUCACGUCAGUCUACAAGUCAAAUGGUGGGCUCGCAGUUCAGCCCGUUGACUCCUCGCGAAAGGGAGCUCAGGGAGCUCCAACAGGUCGAAAGGAUCCGUGAACAAUUAGAGAGGGACCUGAAGAAAGCAACCGAUAGAGAAAGGGAAAUUAAAAAUAGAACAGCCAGGCCUGAUACUUUAGAGGCUGACAAAGCUGAGUUAGAGGGCCUAGAUGACUCUGGAAUGAAUGAGCCCAUGAAAGUGUUGAGGAACAACAUCCUGUCGCUGCAUGCGCACGUGGACAGCAGGUUGGACUUCAUGCAGAACACUUUGGACCAGAUCCUGGACGCUUUGACAAGGCCAGGAUUUAGGCCACCGGCACAAUCGUCGUUGCCGUUAUCGGCGAUGUCAGGCCCCUUUCCAGUUCAAGCUGGUACACAACCAAGUGGUACGUCUGCAACAGUCGCACAGACUUCUUCGGGUCCAGCGGUGGGAGCUACACCACCGCAACAACCUGUUCCUCAACAGGGACAGCAGCAAGGUCAAUGGUACCCCAAGACCCCAAUGAAACCGCCUCUUGCCUUCUUAGGCGAGAGGAAGGACGAAGAACUCAACACAUGGUUGAGGACAGUCCCGGUUUGGGUAAAGGCCAAGAGGACCUUGCUAGAGGACGAAGUGGUUACCGCUGCAUCUUACCUCGAGGGUAAGGCAACCAAGUGGCUAGAUGGGGUAGUUGUAAAGGCCGGGUUUGGGCGACGUAUGGCGGACUGGGCUAAGUCUCUAACGUUAGACCAGUUCAUGAAAAUGGUAGAAGCUCGAUGGCAUAAUCCACAGGAGGCACAAAGGGCCACUGAUGCGAUUAACAACAUACUGUCAUUGCAUGGGCAUGUGGACAGCAGACUGGAUUUCAUGCAGAACUCCUUGGACCAAAUCUUGGACCUUUUGCAAAGGCCAGGAUUACGGCCAGCAGCACAGUCAUUGUUGCCGUUAACGGCGAUGUCAGGCCCUUUUCCGGUACAAGCUGGCACACAGCCAAGUGGUACGUAUGCAGCAGCUGCACAGACUGUUGCUUCUUCUUCUUCUAGUCCAGCGACUGGAGCUAUACCACAGCCGCAACAAUUUGUUCCACCUCAGGGACAGCAGCGAAGUCCAUGGUACCCAAAGACCCCAAUGAAACCGCCCCUUGCCUUCUUCGGUGAGAAGAAGGACGAGGAACUCAACACUUGGUUGAGAACAGUUCCAAUGUGGGUAAGGGCAAAGAGGACGUUGCAGGAGGAGGAGGUGAUUACUGUUGCAUCUUACCUUGAGGGUAAGGCAGCCAAAUGGCUGGAUGGGAUAGUAGCGAAGGCCGGGUUCGGACGACGCAUGGCAGACUGGGCUAAGACCCUUACUUUAGAAGAGUUCUUAGAUAUGGUAGAAGCUCACUGGCAUAAUCCGCAGCAGGCCCAAAUAGCCACUGAUGUGAUGCUCAGACUGGACCAGCGAAGGUACAAGUCUGUUAGAGAGCUGACGUCUACCGUAGAGAACCUCAUCGUCGUUCCCGGUCAUGAGGUAUCCGCGGAAAGGAUUAGGCCAGAAGAUGCGAAGGUGGCUAGUAUUAGGGACUGGCCACGACCUCAGACUGUUACUGAGGUCAAAUCUUUCUUAGGGAUGUGCGGCUACUACAAGAACUUUGUGAAAAACUAUUCCAUGGUCGCCUCUUCCUUGACUGAUCUAACUCGACUUGAUACGUCGUGGGACUGGAGUGAUGAGUGCGAGGCUGCGUUCAAACGAUUGAAGCAUGCACUCAUGAAUCAUGAGACCCUUAAAUGGAUCAAGACUCAACCUGCUCUUUCUGAUGCACUCAAGCGCUGGAUUGAGGUCAUAGAUCAGUAUGACUUCAAGCUAGAGUAUCUGAAGGGAGAGUACAACAAGGUUGCAGAUGCGCUGUCACGUAGGGCAGACUACCUAGGGGCGCUAGUUUCCGAAUUUGGUGUAUUUAAGGAAACUCUAUCGUUGGUGGGAGCCUAUCAGGAAGACCCUGUCACGAUGGACAUCAUACGCAAACUGCAGGCGAAAGAUAAGGCCAUAGAAUAUGAGUUUGUGAUGGUGGAUGGGUUGCUCUUUCUGAGAAAGGCUGGGAUUGAAAGAUUAGUUGUUCCAUCUAGUGAAAAUUUACGUAGUUUAUUUCUAGGAGAAUGUCAUGACACAACUGGACACUUUGGCUACAAGAAGACAAGCGGUAAUCUGAUACAACGAUUCUGGUGGCCUGGUAUGCUAGAUGACGCAAAGGAGUAUGUGGAGACCUGCCAGAUCUGUCAGCGGGACAAGCCGCGAACUCAAGCACCGCUUGGGUUGCUGAAGCCCUUGCCCAUCCCCGUUGGGCCAGGACAGAGUGUUUCCAUGGAUUUCAUGGACACCCUGGUAACCAGUAGGAGUGGCAAGAGGCACAUCUUUGUCAUCAUAGACCGAUUCACCAAGUAUGCUAGACUGAUUGCUAUGCCAGAGACGGCGAGGACUGAACACGUCAUCAAGUUGUUUAUGGACAACUGGUGUGUGAUUUUGGACUGCCAAAGUCAAUCGUUAGUGACAGAGAUGUCCGAUUCACAAGCGAGCUGUGGAAGAAGACUGCUGAACAAUGGGCAGUAAACUUCAGAUGACUUCUGGGAAUCAUCCCGAAGCCAACGGACAGGCUGAACAGAUGAACAGAGUUGUACAACAUCUGCUGAGGCAUUACAUCAAGCCCAGCCAGGAUGACAGGGAUGAGAAAGUGCCUCUCAUCGCCAGCCUGUACAACAACGUUGUACACAGCAGUACCAGCGUCAGUCCUAACCAACUGUACUUGGGAUGGAAGCCUAGAUCACCGCUGGACUUCCUCCUGCUUGAAACCGACCCUCUGCAACUCCGGGCACACUUGAGUGUGGUGUGCAGUAUGAGAAGUUGCUACAGCAAGUUGUCGAGCACAUCAGGAGAUCUCAGGAAGCAAUGAUUGCUUCUGAGAACAAACAUCGUCGACAAUC